AUGGCGGUUGGAAAGAACAAGAGAUUGUCCAAGGGCAAGAAGGGAUUGAAGAAGAAGGCCCAGGACCCCUUCGCCCGAAAGGAUUGGUACUCCAUCAAGGCUCCUGCCCCCUUCAACAUCCGAGAUGUUGGUAAGACCCUAGUCAACCGAACCACCGGUCUGAAGAACGCGAACGAUGCCCUCAAGGGCCGAAUCUUCGAGGUUUCCCUAGCCGAUCUCCAGAAGGACGAGGACCACGCAUUCCGCAAGGUCAAGCUACGUGUCGAUGAAGUCCAAGGCAAGAACUGCUUAACCAACUUCCACGGACUCGACUUCACAUCGGACAAGCUCCGAUCUCUGGUGCGCAAGUGGCAAAGUCUCAUCGAGGCCAAUGUCACCGUCAAGACUACCGACGACUACCUCCUACGCCUCUUCGCUAUCGCCUUCACCAAGCGACGACCCAACCAGAUCAAGAAGACUACCUAUGCCGCCUCAUCCCAGAUUCGUGCCAUCCGAAAGAAGAUGGUCGAGAUCAUCCAACGAGAAGCUGCCACUUGCACUCUCCAGCAACUCACCUCCAAGUUGAUCCCCGAAGUCAUCGGCCGUGAAAUCGAGAAGGCCACACAAGGCAUCUACCCCCUUCAGAACGUCCACAUCCGCAAGGUCAAGCUCCUCAAGUCGCCCAAGUUCGACCUCGGUGCUUUGAUGAACCUACACGGAGAGUCCACAACGAACGAGGAGGGACAAAAGGUCGAGAGGGAGUUCAAGGAGCGCGUCCUUGAAGAGGUCUAA